AUGUAUCGUGACAAACAUGUCACAGAUGCAGACAGUAGACCACAGGAGGCGGCAUCUGAAGUCAGUCUACGAUCAGCCCUUGCUCUAGCAGACAGUAGACCACAGGAGGAGGCAUCUGAAGUCAGUCUACGAUCAGCCCUUGCUCUAGCAGGCAGCUUUCUGGGAUACUUUUGCACCGUCGGUUUCGUGAAUGCAUAUGGCGUGUUCCAGCAGUACUACACAGCGCACUACCUCCCAACGUACUCCAACUUUCAAAUCUCCUGGAUCGGCUCCUUUCAAGCAUUCAUGGUCUUCGCAUGUGCCCCUCUGGCCGGCGUGCUCUCGGAUCGAUACGGUCCCACGAUUCCCAUCCUGAUCGGAUCCAUAUGUCAGAUAGUGGCAGUCUUCAUGACAUCACUCUGUCAUGAAUAUUAUCAACUCUUCCUCGCCCAGGCCGUCCUCCUCGGUGCCGGCAUGUCGCUCAUUGCCAUUGCCACCACAACAAUGGUCCCCCUGUACUUUGCACGAAACAGAGCUUUCGCACAAGGCGUCUCGGUCAGCGGCUCCAGCCUCGGUGGCGUUCUCUGGCCCAUUGCAUUGGAUCGGAUGUUGAACAAGGACGGCAUCUCUUUCGGCUGGACAAUGAGAAUCGUCGGCUUCAUCAUGACACCCCUCCUAGCUCUGACAAUUGUAUUCGUCCGACGACCUCGUGUCACCGUCACUACAACAGACAUUACCCUCGCAGAGAGUGGUGAUGUAAGACAACAACCCAAGGCGAAGAAGAAAGAUCUCUCCAGUCUCAAACAACCGACCUUCAUCCUCCUCUGCUGCGGCCUCGCAGUGACAUAUCUCGGAUUCUUCGCCCCCAUCUUCUACGUAUCAAUCUACGCCACGCACCUCGGCUUCAGCGAAAACUUUGCCUUUUACACAGUUUCCAUCCUAAACGCCGGCUCCCUCUUCGGAAGAAUCCUCCCAGGUCCACUAGCAGACAAAUACGGCCAAUUCAACGCCCUAAUGAUCUCCGCCGUGAUUUCCGGCCUCGUAGUUUUCUGCUGGACAGAAGCGACCAGUAAAGCAGGAUUAAUCAUCUGGACUUUUGCGUAUGGAUUCACUUCGGGUGCGAUUUUGAGUUUGCAACUUGCUUGUGCUACUGUAUUUGUUAGUCCCGAUUGUGCGGGUGCUGCGGUCGGUCUCGCGUUGGGAAGUGUGAGUUUGACGGGACUGUUUGGGACGCCUAUUGCUGGGCAAUUGGUUGGAAAGGGGUAUGUUGCUUUGUCGUGUUUUGCUGCUGCGACGCUUAUGGUUGGGGGGUUUUUGAUUGGUGCUGCGAGGUUUAUGAGGAAUCGAGGUUUGUUUGCGAAGGUGUGA